AUGAAAAUGGGUGAGUGGGUUUGGUCAACAUAGAGAAUGUAUCUCCCACCCUCGGACAGGGUUGAAUAGCAAAGUUGGCAUGUGCGUGCAAGCCCUUCUUCCGAACAAGAUGGCUCGGCGGUGUCCCUUACCAGUGCCGGGUGACUUUUCAAUCAAAGCGCAUGCAAAUGCUCCAGUACCUAGAAUGUCUACCACAUGAAAAUGGGUGA